UCCGGGUUCCAGCAUACUGGACCAAAUCCUCUUCUCAGUUGCCAAUGCAACACACACACACAUUGUACACACACAGGGGCUGGCAGCUAGCAGCAUCGAUCGUGGUUCCUUUAAGACAAACUCAGCCAGAAAUAUCACCCCACCUCCUCUUGAUCUCAUUUAGAGGCUAUUGCAUAAAGAAAUCUGCUCAGGAGUUGAGACGGAUCAACUAAAGAGAGAGCUUGAUUUUUUUGUAUGCAUUGAGUAUUAACAUUUAAGGUGUCCCGACCAGUGGAAGCGCACGGCGGAUCAUCAUUCAUUCACAACCUUGACAACCUCGCCUUUGAUUGACAGCUGGAGUGGCAACAAGCCAUGAGACUUGCUAGUUUUGUUUGAGGGGCAUUUUUUUUUUUUUUUUGUUUAAGUGAUUUGGUAAAGAAGAUUCGUUCUCUCACUGUUGCUGCCCUGGAAAAAAAGGAGCUAUUUUAUUAUACUCAAUGUGCUGUACCAUUAGCUGAAGUUGAGCUGAAGUGAAGAUCUGGUUUGGUCGUCCACUUGAAAAGGAACGUACGGGAUUUUUAAUCUAGUAUUUGGAUUCUGGUUGUUUAUUUUCCUUCACACUGGCCUCCUAGGAGAUAUAUUAGAAGUUGAAGGAAGAAGAAGGAGAGUCAGGCAAAUGGCGCAAAGGUACGACGAUUUACCCCAUUAUGGCGGGAUGGAUGGAGUAGGGAUCCCAACCACCAUGUAUGGGGACCCUCAUGCCGCCAGAUCUAUGCAGCCUGCCCACCAUCUGAAUCACGGUCCUCCGCUGCAUUCGCACCAGUACCCGCACACAGCUCACACCAACGCAAUGCCCCCCAGCAUGGGUUCUUCUGUCAACGAUGCUUUAAAAAGAGAUAAAGAUGCCAUUUACGGGCACCCGCUCUUCCCUCUUUUAGCACUGAUUUUUGAGAAAUGUGAAUUAGCGACUUGCACGCCAAGGGAACCCGGAGUAGCAGGCGGUGACGUUUGCUCCUCAGAGUCCUUCAAUGAAGAUAUAGCAGUAUUCGCUAAACAGAUACGGGCGGAAAAACCUUUAUUUUCUUCAAACCCAGAACUGGAUAACUUGAUGAUACAAGCCAUCCAAGUAUUAAGGUUUCAUUUAUUGGAGCUAGAGAAGGUACACGAACUGUGUGACAAUUUCUGCCAUCGGUAUAUUAGCUGCUUAAAAGGAAAAAUGCCCAUUGACUUGGUUAUAGAUGAUAGAGAAGGCGGAUCUAAAUCAGAUAGCGAAGAAAUCACAAGAUCAUCGGGAAAUCUUGAUCAGACUUUAUGGAACAGAGAUCAUGAUGACACAGCAUCAACGCGCUCAGGUGGGACGCCGGGACCCUCCAGUGGGGGACACACAUCACACAGCGGGGACAACAGCAGUGAACAAGGUGAUGGUUUGGACAACAGCGUUGCUUCACCCAGCACAGGAGACGAUGAUGACCCCGACAAGGAGAAAAAGCGCAAUAAAAAACGAGGAAUCUUUCCCAAAGUAGCUACAAAUAUCAUGAGGGCCUGGCUAUUCCAGCACCUCACACACCCUUACCCCUCAGAAGAACAGAAAAAGCAGCUGGCACAAGACACAGGUCUCACUAUACUACAAGUGAACAACUGGUUCAUUAAUGCAAGGAGAAGAAUAGUUCAACCCAUGAUAGACCAGUCAAAUCGAGCAGUAAGUCAAGGAGCACCCUACAAUCCAGACGGACAGCCGAUGGGAGGUUUUGUCAUGGAUGGCCAGCAGCACAUGGGAAUUAGACCACCUGGGCUACAAGGCAUGCCAGGUGACUAUGUGUCUCACAGUGGUCUGAUGGGUAUGAGUAUGGGACAGCCAAGCUACAACCCUCCCCAGAUGCCCCCACGUUCUGCUCAGCUGCACCAUGGACCUCCCAUGCAUUCCUACAUUCCUGGACACCCCCAUCACCCAGCAAUGAUGAUGCAUGGCGGACCACCUCACCCUGGAAUGCCAAUGUCAGCAUCUAGCCCCACAAUGCUUAACCCAGGAGAACCAACAAUGGGUGGACAAGUCAUGGACAUUCAUGCCCAGUAGCUUAAAGGAUUUUUUUUUUUUUUUUGAAAAACAAAAGUGUCUGCAACAAAGAUAGCUUUCCUAUGUAGACUUAAUACAGUGACUAAGGAGCUCUUUUCUUGGCAUCAACUUUGGACCAAGGAGAAGCCCCUAUUUUUUAUUUACUGGGACCCUACAAACAGGAAACACCAUAGAAAACAAAUGAAAACAGAUAAUACAUAUGACUCCUGGGGGACAUGUUGAGUACUGUUGUACAAUUUACAUUGGACUUUUUAGUGAGCCAAGAAUUAAUUAUUGUAAAUGCUAUCGUACUGUUCUGCAUAUAAUGUUGUUUCUUAUAGAAUUUUUUUUUUUAAAUGAUGUGAACUUUUUUCCACACUAUGUGUGUGUGUGUCGUUUCCAUAGACCAUAACCUCCUCCCAAAGCCUCCUUACAUUUAAAAAUUAUGUAUAAAUAUGUCAUAAAAAAAAGCCUUCCAGUUAACCUGCAAGUUGCUUAUUUGCAGGCGUUUUAGAGCAUUAAAAUAACUAUAUCAGACGGAAGACUUGACCCAUCCCAGGAUUUCAACCAUGCUCUCUCUCUGACUAGACUUGGGCUUGAAUUUGCAUGUCUAAGAUUCGGCCAUGAUUAAUCAGCUGUUACAGGCAGCGUCUUAAGGAGACUGGUAGGAGGGAGCAUGGAAACCAAAAGGUGUUGCAUCAGAACAUUCAUGUUCCCGUAGCAACCCUGUGCAACAAGAAGCCACCAAAUGUGUUUUCUGAUGCAAUCCAAAUACAAUAAUAAUAAUAAUAAUAAUAAUAAUAAUAAUAAUAAUAAUAAUAAUAUGGACUGAGAAAGAUUUUCUUUUUGAUUAUGUUCACUUUAUUUCUGAGCAGGACAUCAGUCAUGUGUGUUUCCUUUCCAUGGUCCCAUCUUGAAUAUUUUAUGUAUACAUUGUAAAUAAAUAAUAAUAAAAAAAAAUUGUGCAAAAAGGACUGGAAAUAAUUAACUGUAUUAUUACAACUUAUUUUGUAAAAGUAGCAGUUUGGUAUGACUUGGCAUGCAUAAAGAAUUCACUAAAUGGGAUAGAGCUUAUACCUUUGUUGUGGUUUAAAAAAUACUUGUGGAUAGCUUUCUGAUCAAGAAACCAAGGAUUUAAUAACAAUUAAUAAUGAUCUUCGCACACUGAGUCUUAGUUUUCUGAUUAAAACAGUUUGGACUGUAUAAUAACAACAGAGCCCAGAUGUAGUAGUUUAACUGUGUGCGGUAAUGAAAUCUGAACAUAAAAUUUAAAAAAUAUUUUUGUCAUGCUGAUUGCACUGGUUAAGAAAUGCCUUCAUUUGUACAGUUUUGAAAGGGAUUACAGUGACAGUGACAUAUGUGACAGAAUAAAAUGUGAAUGUGUUAGUGAUCAUACAUUUGAUUAGGUCAGUUGACAUUUAAGAAGUUAUCAAAUAGUGAAUAUAUGUUAUAUUGUUUUUUUUCUCAGUACAAGAUUGGUUAAACAAGAUUAAUUGUACAACCCUUUUAUUUGUGUGCCAUUCAUUUUAGCAAUUUUUGUUAUGUUCAUUUAAUUGCUAACUGAAUCGCUGCUAUUGCACCUGUACAGCAUACUACACAAUGCAACAUUUUUAUUGUUUGUCCUUUAGAGUUAAAAUUUAUGGCAUCUAAUUUCCGAUUUCUCCCAGAGGUUGUAGAAAUAUUCAGCAAGCAUUUGGAAACUGUUAAGUUUUUUAUAUGUACUGUACAUACAUGUAUAUCUGUUUCUUGCACAAUACUACAACACAGGGUCAGGUGUUUUUUAUUUUUUUUUAUCAAAUACACAUGGUUUAAACAUUGCUUAAAUCAUUAUUUAAUCACAUAGCUAGUAGACUAAAAUCAUUGUGGGAGUAUUUUUUAAAUACCCACAUGCAGAUUAUCUCACUUUAAGAAGACAUAUCAUUGGCAAUAAAAGUUGUCCAGCACCUUAAGCAAAACAUGUUUGAUGACCUGUGUUCCUCUAGUCUAGUGCAAAAAGUGGUGUGUUUAAUGUCAUUGUAGCAAUUGCUGUUGGGAGUGAAAAGGGGUAGGGCAUUGAGUGACUUGAUUGUUAGUUCUCCCAGCUGGGCCUCCCGAUAUGUAGGAGAAGGAGGAGGAGUUUGUGGGGAUCUGGGGUUUGUACAGCCUGCCUAUUUAUAGUUACUGAUGAACAUGCAUGCAUGGUGGUAUCAACACCCUGCAAAACUCCCAAUAAUUCAACCUAAUGAAAUGGAAGUGUAGAGAAACGUUAAUAGCUGAAGGUGUUUUUACGUUUGUUUGUUUUUUAAUAAUCAAGUACUUUAUCAAAAAGUCUACUGUUCGGUUUUUGAAAUUUUGUUGGCCUCUCUAACUUGGAAACAUGCUGUUUUCUGUAUCUUCCUGCAUAGAGAAAUGGCAAAUAAUGAAUAAUCAGAUAUAGCAUCUCAAUAAAAAUGUAUUUCUUAACAAGGCAUGAUCUUCAUGACAGCAGUUGAGUAAAAACACAAACAUUAUACCCUCCUUCAUUGCAGGUCGGGUUGUGUAUUUUGUAAAGCAUAAAACCUGGUUUAAUGCUAA